GUCAGCGCAUCUCAGAACUUCUCCGACCUCCGGCAAGGUGAGUGCUACUCUCUAAUAUUCGACCACGACUAUCGGACGAACUUCCUGUGGCACGUGACUUCUUCUCGUCACCGAAAUUCUGUUUACUGGAGGCGCAAGCGCUAUUCGGUUCUUAUCUGGCAAAAGGGAGGCGCGGCUAUAACCAUGGAUCCCAGUGUACUAGCUAACAUGGACAAGGACGCAUUGAAGAAGCAGAUCGAGAACAUGAAGUACCAAGCUGAUAUGGAACGGUGGCCCCUUUCGAAGAGUAUUGUCGCGAUGAGGGAGUAUGUGGAAGAGAACGAGAAGACUGACCCACUGAUACACGCGCCCGACAAGAAGAACAAUCCCUGGGCCGAGAGAGGCAAAUGCAUAAUCAUGUAAUCAGGACGUAGAACCGCAGGGGAGAAGGAGAAGGAGAAGAGGCGAGGAAGCAUCUGAGCGAAUACCAUCCGAAGCGAGCAGGAGAAGCGGAAAACGUUUUAGCCGCGUUUCAAGUUAAACCAGCGAAACGAAUAAUAAAACCAAAAGAACGAAGCAGACAAACUAAAAUAAAAAAAAAAAAAAAACAGAAAGACGAGGAAUACAUACACGUAAAAGAAGAAAAACGUUAAAAAAAAAAAGACAGAAAGUAAGAAGAGGAAGGAGUUAAAGAAAGGAUAAGAAAGACGUAUGACGAAUGGGAAGGAAUUACGAUGAGCAAAAGAAGAAGGACAAGAAGAGAAAGAGAAAUUAGGCGUUGGCGGAGCGAUUUGGAUGAAAUCCUGGAAGAGGAAGGUGCCAGGAAAGCAGCAAAGUCUCGGAAGGAGGAGCACGACUGGCGCGAAGCGAAAUCAAAGUAGCCGGAGCAAAUUAUUCAACAAUCUAAUUCCUCGCGGUUACCUGUUCGCGGUAACUUUCCCGUUUGGCAUGCAAACGAACGAGUGGCACGUUUCAGCCCGGCUUUCUUUGUCUCUCUAAUCUCCGCGGCUCUCGAAUUGACUACUCGAGCUAUUCUGAGGACGUGGUCCUUGAUCUGGCUAAGUUUCGAUCGAUUCGCACGACGGCGAACCGAGACGCGAAAAGUAUCGUGUAUCGAUAUUAAUUGGUUAAACUUUCACCUCGUGCGUCUAUCGCUCUCUAUUUCUCUCUCUCUCUCUCUCUCUCUCUCUCACUCUCUUCAGCCUCUUCAUCCUUCGUUUCCUUCUUUUCGAAGGGCCGCUCCCUUUCUCUCGGAAUAAAUGGAUUCCCUCUGAGUGAGCUCGAUCUAAUCUAUCCGAGGAUUUUAGAAAAGCAAGGCUACGAACGAAAAGGUACGGACACGGUGAAAAUUUAAUCGAUCUAAGAGGACUAGACGAGAGAGCGGGCGAAACGGCGCGAAACGAACGGAUCUUCUGAAACGGGCUCCGCUACGAGUACGCGCUUCCGCUUCGUCGUCGUUUCGAGUUCCGAGUUUUGGAUCAGUUCUGAAUAAUAUCAGUUCCAAUUCGACUCAAUUCGUUUCGAUUCGAUCCAAACCGUUUCGACUCGGACAUGUGUUACGCGUCGUAAUACACAUCAUGUGCAAUUCGAAUCUAGUACCACGGAAAACUCUUUUGAAUCGUUCAUUAUAUCGUGUAAGGAUUAUUUAUCUUAAGUACACAAUGUAAUCUAACGUCAUUAUAUGUACACACGUUAUACCAUAUGUCGUACGAUUAAUACGCUAUGCAUAUUUCUGCGAAUUUCUUACGAAAAUAUAAUAUAUUCACAUCGUUUAAUGGA